AUCAAUUCAAAAAUGUGUGGGACUUCAACAAUUGCAGCUAUAGUUUCCUUGCUGAAGAAAGUGCAUUCAAUUUUACUUCAAGUAGUCUUUCCAGCCUGAGGAACGUAACAACACUUCCUAUGGUGGUUGACUGGGCGGUUGGAGAUGGAACUUGUGUGGAGGCUCAAAAUAACAUGUCUAGUUAUGCAUGUAAAAGUUUGAAUUCCACGUGUAAAGAACCCGAUAAUGGUUAUGGGUAUCGUUGUUAUUGCGAUGAGGGUUUUCAAGGAAACCCAUACCUCGAUGGUGGCUGUCAAGAUAUUGAUGAAUGUCUAGAUCCAAACAAUAAAUGUGAAAAGGGAUGUAAGAACAUACCGGGGAAUUAUACGUGUACUUGCCCAGAAGGUUACAAUGGCGACGGGUUGAAAAAUGGACGAGGUUGCAUUCGUGGUGAAUCAUUCAUCUUCAAACUUGUUGCAGGGAUUGCUCUAGGCUUCAUUGUUCUUCUGCUUGGUGCCUGUUGGUUGUACUUGGAACUCAAGAGAAGAAAGUUGAUCACAAUGAAGCAGAAAUUCUUUCUUCAAAAUGGUGGAUUAAUGUUGCAAGAACAACUCAUUAGAAGAGACUACUCUCCCGAUACAAUGAAAAUAUUCACUUCCGCGGAGCUCAAGAAAGCAACAAACAACUUCCAUGACGAUAGGAUUAUUGGUCAAGGAGGUUUUGGCACUGUAUACAAAGGCUUUCUAUCAGAUAAUAGAAUAGUUGCCAUCAAGAAGUCCAAAGAGGUUGAUCCAAACCAAAUCGAGCAAUUUAUCAAUGAGGUGAUUGUUCUUUCCCAAAUAAACCACAAGAAUGUUGUCAGGCUUUUUGGAUGUUGUUUAGAAACACAAGUUCCUCUACUGGUUUAUGAAUUCAUCAACAACGGCACCCUUUUUGAACACAUAAACAAUGAAACAAAAGCACACGCUCUUUCUUGGGACAAGCGCUUAACAAUAGCUACAGAAGCUGCUGGUGUGCUCGCAUAUUUGCACUCGGCAGCUUCACCUCCAAUCAUACACAGAGACGUCAAGUCAGCUAAUAUUCUUUUAGACAAUAAUUUCACUGCAAAAUUGUCUGAUUUUGGAGCAUCGAGAUUAGUUCCUGAGGAUCAAACUCGAUUAUCAACUAUGGUGCAAGGAACAUUUGGAUACUUAGACCCGGAAUACAUGCAAACAAACCAAUUAACGGAAAAAAGUGACGUUUAUAGUUAUGGAGUAGUCCUUGUGGAGUUAUUAACAGGAAAAAAAGCAUUGAGCUAUGAGAGACCAGAGAAGGAGAGAAAUUUAGCAAGCUAUUUUCUUUCUAGACUGAAUCAAGGCCGUUUAUACCGAGUUCUUGAAGAUAACAUUGUAUCCGAAGGAAACAAUGAGCAAUUAAUGGCAGUUGCUAUGCUUGCGAAAAGGUGUUUAUAUGUAAGGGGAGAGGAUAGACCUAGUAUGAAGGAAGUGGCUAUGGAACUUGAAGGUCUAAGACUAUCAAAAAAACACUAUUCGUUACAAACUCAACCCAAUGCAGAAGUGAUGGAAUCCCUUCUCUUUAGGCCAAUGAAUGGCUUUGCAAAAGGUGAAGGUAAUACCAUAGGUACAGCUGGUUAUAAUAGCAUGAGGGAUCAUAUACAGUUACCAAUGGGAGGUGGUAGAUGAUCCAUAUUAUUGGUAAUAAUACUGGAAUAUUACCAUAUAAAUAAUCUUGCAGAUUAACAUUAUUAUUGUUGGUUUCACUUUGAUUUCUAGUAAUCAUGUAUUAGUGUAAAAAUAAACGACUAUUAUCUUAUCAAAUUUUGUCACAGGUUUCUCUUCCUUAGUGUCCAGUCGUGUCUAGUGGUUGAGGUGUUAGAUUAUAUUUAUUUUAAAGAAUGAAGUUUUCUA